CCAUCACGGAUGGUCUUUUUCCACUACGUCAUCCUCUUCAGGUUAUCAUGACAACGGAACUCUAAACAUCCGUUCGCGGUUUGCACAUUUUACUUAACAGGAAUGGAAUAGACCACCGAUGUUUAGCUCUAUACUUAUUUUUUAUUGCCCAGCAGCAUGUCAGUAUUGUCAAAACUAACAAAUCCCUUUUGCUCUCACUGAAGCAGUCCAGAAUGAACAGCACCGAAGUCCGUGCUUUAGACCGUAUUGAUGCCGAGAAACAGCACAGCACGGAAAGUAACGCGGAGUCCUCGGGCAGACAGUAUGUCAACGUGUUGCUGGAUCUCAGCGAAGAGGAUUGUUGCAGGGAGCACAACAUACAUGUACUUCAGAACCGCACUGGCUGGGAAGAUGCUGUCGAAGGUUGGGGGAGAUUUCCUCCUUUCGGUGUAUUUCUUCAAACGCAAAGGAAGGGGAAAAAAAUCAAGCGAGACAUCAUAGACUCUCACUGUCUCCUCUGCGCGGACCUUCAUUUUUCUAAUCUGCCAAUCUGCUGCUCUGCUGGAAACUCGGUGAAAACCUUUAGAAAGACUGACCCGACUCUUCUAGAUCUUGCUGAGGAGACGGACAGUUUCUCUUCAGAUGAACUGUACUCUCUCAGUUUAUCUCUGCGAAACAUAUCAGAACCAUUGAUCGACAAAAUGCUGUCUGAAGAUGAACAGCGUGCACAGAAAUUACCAUCAGUCUGUCAUCAUCAAACAGAACCGUGUCAAAUCCCGAGGGAAAAUACAGUUGCUCUUAGCAUCAGAAGCUUUGGCGUGUUGCCGCCUGUCAAAGAGUCCAGAAACUACAGUCUUUUGAAAAGAGUUGAGCCAACGGGUUGCCACCCGUCAGAAAUCACCAAGGCCAUGGCGCCUGAUGCCACUGGAUCCGUCACUGCUGGUGAAAGACUGAAGAACGAUGGUGACUCAGGAAAUGUCUUCAAGACCCUCACAGAUUUUAUUCCAGAAGAUAAUGGCUACAGGUUAAAGGGAUCUCCCUGUACAAAGCGUUGGCUGUCCCAGGACAGCAAUCACCUGCCAUCUAUUUUUAACUUAACUUUUCAAAAUAAGUAUGGUUUACCCUCUAGCACCGUGUCAAAUACAUUACCCCAGGCUUUCUACGCCCUGGGAAGAAACCUCAGGCAGGAAGACUUGACAAGGCCUUCUGCCAAGAACAAUGUCAGUUAUAGAUUGCAUUCGAGCCACAAAGCAAGAGAUCUGAAAAGACCGGAAACUCACCGACUAAUGCUGAUUGGAACAAGAUUUCACACGUGAAUAUUACUGAUCUUUAAACUCUCUGUACAUUGUUGCAGCAUACUGGUUGGAGACAGUGACUAGAGACCAAGAACAUCUUCACACUUCAGUUUACUUGGAAAUGUGUGCUACAUGAAGAUGACUAUGCAACAUAAAGAGAAAGAGAA